AUGGGAGGAAAGCCCUUCGGAUUCCUCCGGUCCUCCGAGGAGGAUAGCGAGGAAGAAAGCAGCAGCGGCGGCGGACGGAGUAGCGACGCCGAGACCGACGGCAGCGGCCGGAGCAGCGACGCCGAGACCGACGGCAACUGCAGCGCCUUUGACGGCGCCAGCGACGAUGACAACGACGAUGAUAGCGACGGCGGAGAUGCACCGGCUCGAAGCCCCAAGCGCCGUAGGACACAACUGAAGAAAUCCUUAGCACUGGAAGCCCAUCACAACAGAGAACCGCUGUUCAUGGAGUCGAUACUGGUACAACUGAAAUCCUUGAACAGCAAGAAACAACCAUCAUCCAAGCAGAAAUUCGCAGCGAAGAAACUGCAACAGAUGAUGUGA